AUGGUCAUCUGGUCGUCGCUCCAGAGCUUGCGAGGACCUAUCGUCCGCACCGGACCUCGACAUGUCUCUUUCAAUGAUAUUGAAGUCUACAACCAAAUCUACAAAGUAAACACCAAAUUCUCCAAAUCCUCAGACUUCUACAACCACCCAUCAGCCAACGAAUCCGUCGUCGAAACUGUAGACAUCAAAGAAGCACACGCCCGCCGCGCCGCCUUCGCACCCUACUUUUCAAAAACAGCAGUCCACAAACUAGAAGACCUAAUGCAAUCCAAAGUCACUUUCUUCCUCACUCGCAUCCAAGAGCUUGGGACAAACAUAAACAUUUCCAGAGGACUCCGAUGUUUGACUGUCGAUAUCAUUACCACUUACUCCUAUGAGGAAUCAUUUAACGCUCUAUCAGAUCCAACGUUUAGUCCGGGAUGGUUGUUGGGGUUUGAGAGCUUGCUUGACACUACAGCGAUACAAAAUUUUGCUCCAGGGACAGUCGCUACGAUUGAAUAUGUGCUUGGAAAUUUCAUUCCUAGGUCAUAUGUCUCCAAAAUCUCCCCAAUUGUGGGCGAUGUUCUUAAAUUUACAGACACUUGCAGCAGCGCAGUAUUGAAACAAAAGUUCAGGUAUCUAUCGGGAGAAAGGGAUAUGGUUACCAUUUUUGCACAGUUGUUCGAAGACGAUGAAAAGAGAGGGAGGAAGGCUUUGACUGAUAAACAAUUAAUCCACGAUGCUAUAUCUACCGUCGCAGCCGGGAUGGAUACGACGGGGCAUGCAUUAACAUAUGCCAUCUAUUAUCUGGUUAAGCACCCGGAGGUCCAGAAGAGAUUGUUGGAGGAGUUGAAGGGGGUCAUAGGUUCUCCUAGGGCUGAUGUGAAAGAGGAAGUAUUGGGUAACUUACCGUUCCUCCAAGCGUGUAUUAAAGAGUCUCUCCGUUUUAGCCACGGCGUCCCCGGCCCUCUUCCACGAGACACCCCAGCAGGUGGUGCCACAUUUCUAGGCCAUCACCUUCCCGCCGGCACCGUAGUUCUAAAUUCGGCUUAUACGUACCACACAAACCCUGUAGUCUUCCCGGAUCCCUUCAAAUGGGAUCCAUCUCGUUGGUUGGUUGAAGACACUAAAGAGAUGCAAAGGUACUUUAUGCCAUUUAGCAGAGGUUCAAGGAUUUGUAUUGGUAUGAAUUUGGCGGAAGCAGAGCUGUCGCUUGCGCUUGGGAGGUUUGUGAGAAGGUUCGAGUUUGGGUUUAUGGAAGGGUUUCAGGAUAGUGAUAUGGAGUGGACAUCGGUGCUUGUGCCGAUGACUAAGGGAAUGUUAAUGAUUUGGGCGAAAGAGCGGGAGGAGUGA